AUGGCGCGGGCGUUCUACAUUGGCAAUGGCGACGCAGGCCAGGCGUUCGUCAAAGACUCGCCAGCCUACGGGAAGGUGGAGGUCAAGGAGGCUCGCAAGGGCAUCGCCAUAUACGAGGUUGGCGAAACCGAGCUUGGCCUGACGCCCAAGGGCGAGUUGCAGCUGGACUUCAAAGUGGGCUGGCUGGCGCGCCACCCGCGCAACGGCAUGCUCUAUGGCUGUGGGGGCGGCCGGGCCCAGGCCUUCGCCGUGGCGGCGGAUGGCCAGCUGAGCCUGGCGAGCAGCGCCGACACAAUUCCCAUGGGCAACGGCGCCUUCCUGGAGCUGUCGCGGUGCGGCCGGUGGGCGCUGGUGGCCAACUACUCCAACGGCGUGGUCUGCGUGCUGCCCAUCCUGGAGGACGGCUCCCUCGGGGAGGCCACGGACUCCAAGCUCCACGGCGGCGUGCCGCUCAGCCCGGCGCUGGCGGACCGCCAGGAGUGCUGCCACCCGCACCAGGUCCGGCUAGACCCGGCCGCGGAGAGGUGGGCGCUGGUCUGCGACCUGGGGGCGGACCGCGUCUGGGUGUACGCGUUCGACGCCGCCGCUGGCGCCCUCUCCGGGGCGGCCAACAGCUCGCGGCACCUGAGGCUGCCAGAAGGUGCGGGGCCCAGGCACCUGGACUUCCACCCCGGCGGCCGGUGGGUGUACGUGCUCUGCGAGCUGGACGGCAACCUUGUGGUCUGCGACUGGAGCGCCCAGGAGGGCAGGCUGACCGUCAAGCAGAGCCUGUACGCCCUGCCAGACGGCAUGGCCUGCUGCCGCGCGCACCACGCGGGCAACUCCCACGUCCUCGCCUCGGCGGACGGGCGCAACGUCUACGCGUCGACCCGGACCGACAACCACAUCGUGGUGUUCCGAGUGGACGAGGGCACCGGCCGCGUGUCCAAGGUCCAGGCGGUGCCCUGCGGCGGGGUGUGCCCUCGGAACUUCCACCUGGACUACUCGGGGGGGCGCGGGGUUCUGCGGGUCGGGAACCAGGACUCGCAGAACGUGACGGAGUUCCGAAUCCAGAGCUCAGAUGGUACCCUGAUCGAGCCGGGCACCGUCACCUGCCUCCCUGGGAUGUGCCCCAAUGUGCUCCCGCUCCCGUUCAGCCUGACGAAGAGCCAGAAGAUUUGA